UUAGCUGCCAUUUUGUAUCUCCCCAGUUUGGCCAGACGAAGUGGGUCCUCAACGAAGAACGAAGCGAAUGUGCUAAUGUUGACAUCAUUCUUUUUAAUUGCACCUUUACUUAAAAUAUAUUAAAAUUGACUUGUUUUGAUAGGAUAGCUUUAUUCCCGAUCGGCAUCUCUCCUUGUAGCUAAUAAGACCGUUGACCGUCGAAUCAGUGUUCAUCUUGUUUACCUUUUGAUGUAGCAGGAGAGCUAACGCUAACGGCGUUAGUCGACGUUCUCGCUAGCCAGCUAGCUUAGCUAGCGAAAACUGUCCUAGCCUUAGCCUCCUAACGCUCACUGUAGUCAGUGGCGAAAUGGCGGCCAACACGACACAAGCAACCGCUACAACUAACUGGUCCUACGGUUCUUCUGGAGACAGCCAGGUUCAUGAAAAUCCGGAAUGGGAGAAAGCAAGACAAGCGCUAGCCUCCAUUAGUAAAAGUCAAAGUGCUGCUAAGACUACACAAGCCAAUCGGACCACAGCAGAGGCUGGUCAGUUCCAGCCAGCAGUGACUGACUCUGCAGCCAUGCAACAACAACAGCAGCAGCAGCAACAGCAGCAGCAGCAGCAACAACAACAGCAGCAGCAGCAGUACUAUCCAUGGUACCAGCAAACUCAGCAACAUUAUCCUGGAUACACAUACCCCUAUAACUACUACUACCCCAUGGGUCCAUAUGGAGCUGCAUACCCUCCAAAUCAGUAUGGUGUUCCCCCAGGGCCUUAUCCAGGAACUCCAACCUCUAAUGGACAGCCUCCUCCAGUGCCUGGAAUGGAAGAUCAGUCCCCCAGUUACCCCUCUCAACCACAACCCCCUCCCCCUUCUACUCCCCAGCCACCCCAGAGCCCAACCACCUCAGAGAAACCCCCUCCUCCCCCACCCCCACCUAUUCCACCCCCUCCCAACUCUCAGUACCCUCCUCCGCCAUCCCAAAAUGCUUACGGCACCAAUAACUCCAUGUCAUACCCCCCUGACCCCAACCAAAUGCAAGUUUACAAUCAUUCCCAGGGAAGGCCUAGCUAUGGACAGGGCUUUCAGGCCCAGAACACCUAUCAGCCCCCCCAGAAUACCUCCCAGCAGCAACAGCAGCAAGGCCAGUAUGUGCCAGGGCUUGGCAGAGGAGAGGCCAACAAGAACAAAAACCAAAAACAAGGACAGCAGCUGUGGCACCGCAUGAAACAGGCACCUGGGGCAUCUUCCGUUAAGUUCAAUAUUCCCAAGAGGCCGUAUCAGGUUCAGUGUUCUGCCAUCUCCAAUCAGACUUUCCCUCCAGGCGAGCAGCCCUCAGGAUUGAAUCCAACUCCAUCCUCCCCAGCUAGUGCCAGUGCUGCACCUGGUGGUGCUCAGACACGACCACAGGACUGGCCACAAGCCAUGAAGGAGUACGUGCAGCGCUGUUUUACAGCCUGUGAGACAGAGGAGGACAAAGAUCGUACAGAGAAGGUGCUGAAGGAAGUGCUGCAGGACCGGUUAAAGGAUGGCUCUGCUUACACCAUUGAUUGGACUCGUGAGCCAUUGCCUGAGCUAAAGGUCAAACAGUCUCGUUGGGAAUCUAUUCAACCCCAGAGGAACUCUGAUGGCUCAAUCAGCCGUGGUGGAAGCACAGCAGCUGCAGCAUCGAGGGGCAGAGGUGGUGGACACAGAUUGGGGCACUACAGGAAUAUAUUUUCUCAAAGGAGUCCAUCUUCUAGUUCCUCACGUUCCUCUUCCCGCUCCCCAUCCCCCUCCCACGGCCGACACAGAGACCGCAGCAACCAAAGGCAUAGACGCAGUGAUUCUGGCUCGCAGUCAGACAGUAGCAUCUCCAGCGACCUCCGACCUCAGCUGUCUAGACGGAAUCAGAGAGGAGCACGUGGUCGUGGUAAUGACAGGGAUAGAGGCCGUGGAGGUGGAGAGAGAGGACGCGGAAGAGGAGGAAAGGCCAACAGAGGAAGGCGAAACAUGGAAGAUGCUAAUUCAACUGUUGGAAAGAAAAGGAAAGGCGGCAAUGCUGGUCUGGAUUUCCACGACCCCAACAGAGAAGCCAAGAAGCAGAGCAGAGCGGCUCGUUUUCACAAGCAGCUGCGCACAGAGCCACUGGUUCUGUCCAUCAAUGCUCUGGACUUACCUGAUGGAACACAGGAGGGCCUCAGCUGGGAGGACUGCCCCAUCGUGGGAACAUGCCAGGACAUCACCAAGUCCUACCUGAGGCUCACCUGUGCCCCGGAUGCCUCCACUGUGCGCCCUGUGCAUGUCCUGAGAAAAUCUUUGCAGGCUGUGAAAGCCCACUGGAAAAACAACCAGGACUACGUCUAUGCCUGUGAACAGAUGAAGUCCAUACGACAGGACCUCACGGUCCAGGGUGUUCGUACUGAAUUCACAGUAGAAGUGUACGAGUGUCAUGCACGCAUUGCUUUGGAAAAGGGAGACCACGAGGAGUUUAACCAGUGCCAGACCCAGCUGAAGGCCCUGUAUAAGGACAAUCCUUCAGAGAACAUUGGAGAGUUUACAGCAUAUAGACUGCUGUACUACAUCUUCACUAAAAACUCUGGAGAUCUGACCACUGAGUUGGUGUACUUGACCCCGGCGCUGCGGGCAGAUGCGUGUGUGUCUCAUGCUCUUGCCCUCCGUGCCGCUUGGGCCUUAGGAAACUAUCGCCGUUUCUUUAAGCUGUACCUGGAAGCCCCACGCAUGGCUUCAUACCUCAUUGACAAGUUUGUAGAGAGGGAAAGAAAGGCUGCACUCAGGGCCAUGGUCAAAACGUUCAGGCCCGACUUGCCGGUGCAGUAUGUACAGUCCAAUCUGGGCUACUCUUGUUUAGACUCCUGUAUGGCCUUUCUUACUGGGCUAGGUGUCACGUUUUAUCCCUCUGACCCCGAAAAGAUAGACUGCAAAACCAGCACAGCCUCUUUGGCUGCCUCCUGAGGGGGUGGGGAAGCAGGGUUAGUACUAUGAAGGGGGAUGCUAUGGGACCAUCCAGGAUCCUUACAUACAGAAUUUACUGCACUUCAGACACCUCAGCCAGUUCAGAUAGAGUAGCUGGCAGAUUUACAGCCAUUGAAGACCAUACAUGGUAGAAAAUGUAAUUUUCUGAUACUUGGUUUAAAACAUGAGGAGUCUUCACACACUUAAUUACUAUAGUUUAGGCUUGUGCCCAAGAUAUCUUACUACAUUCAUAAUGCCAGAAAAGUGAGUCAGUAGUUAAGAUUUGAGAUUAUCGUGUAAUCUCAGCAUUUAGAGGCCAAGAGGACCAGAUCAGGGAGGCCCCUAACCCUCAUGGUUCCUGUUCCUUUACCACCAGCAGAUGUCAAAGCUAACAGUGUUCUGUCAUGUUUUUUCCUUCCUCAAGUCAACAGCUCCAAGACCAGAAGAUUCAAGCCAUGUCAGCCAAAAAGGGAAAUACAAGCGGCUGUUCUUCAAGUCAUUCAACACACAACUACAGAAUCAGAUAAAUUUUACAUCUCCUUUUAAGAGACUGUGUGAUAGUGAGGUGAAAUAUGCCAGCAGUGUGUCUGAACGAAGAAGAGGUGGUGGUUUGUAUGUCCUGCCCUGCGCCCAGUUCUCCUCAAGGUAUCUGCAGUUGGCUGUUCGUCCUGUUCCUUGUAUCCAGUGGUAUGCCCGUGAAAGCAAAGGACUUAAGUCUUAAAGUCAUGUUCCUGAUUUAAUUAAGUAGUAUUCAUUCGCUGGUCACAGUCAUGAAAUGCUGGCCUGCAGUGAGGAGAAAGUCUCAGUCUGACAAGCAUUGACUUUGUAUGAUCAUGGAAACAGGCAAGUGUUCUUCAUCAAGCUGAUCUCCUCGCUCUUGCAUACCCUCGAAGCUGAGCUCCAUCUCCAGAAUCAACGCACCCAGUGGCAGAGAGGGAAUCUGCCUCCAUCAUCCUCAGGUAGAAGUCCAGCCAGCACCUGGAAUCCACCAUACAGCAGAUUGAUCGACACAGCAAAGUGGAGCAAUGGAGCCCAAUUCUCGUCCUCAUCAUAACCUCACAAGCUGUAAUUCCAAAGAAACAUCUUAAAAUACAGCGGAGGGUGAUUCAACGUGUUGGAACAGCAGCGGGAAACCAGCUGCUUCUUCCAGAAGGAAUAACAUCGAGUGGUUUGUAUGCUACAUCUGGCUCUGGUUUUUGCAAGGCUGGUAAGGGAAAGGGACUUCUCUGGAAGGAGGUGGAUGACGACUGAACAGAGAUGUUGCCUCAUUUUUGCUUUGUGUUAAAUGUUAUUCCUUGUGUCUUUGGACAGCAGUAUCAGCCUUUAUUUGGAGAACAGGAAAAAUAAUUGGAUACAAAGCAGAUUUUUACGAAAACUUACAGGAUAGAUGAUUUAAGUAUAACAGAUUUUACGACAAAAAAUAAAAAAUGAAGUUGGUAAGAUCCCAAAACGUUACUGCUCAGAUAACACAUUGCUGUCUAAAUUGAAAUCAGAAUACAAUUUUUAAGCUGUCAGUCAAUGAAUUAAAAGGGAGCUCUAAGUUGAGUGAAGACAAAUGAUUUUUAUGUCCAUUUUUUUCUGUCACCACUCUAGUGUACAGAAACCAAAUAGAACUAAAUGAAAUGCAGAAGACUCCCUGUAAGUGACAGUGGAGUUGGAGUGGAGUUCCCUCUGAUGUGACUUUGGUACAUUUUUUUUCAGGAGGUUUGUGAUUUUCAGGACCUAGAAUAAAAUUGGUAUUGGUGCACAGUCUUAUGUGGUAAUUGGGGAAAAAUAUGUGUUCUGAUACUUAAAAUAGUGAUCAGAUUGAAAAUGUCAGCAGAUGUACCCCUCAGCAACAGAACUUUUCAAUAUAAACUUAGUAUCCUAUAAUAUCCUCAAUGAACGGAGAUUUAUAACACGGGCUGACAUUAUUUUUUUUACAAAUUGAACAGUAUUAAUUUACCACUGGAAAUAUUGAACCUGAGGUAUUGAAGGCUGUGAUGUAGCUGACCAGAACAUUAGUUAUGAGAGUGGAUGCGGGCUUUGUGUACAAUCAAUGUGUUUUCAUGUCUGCGGCAUAUUUUGUGUAAAUAUUGUAUAAUAUUGCUGUGAUUUCUUUUCAGUUAGUGCAUAGUGUAGUUUUUUUUGUUCACACGCGGGUAAGUGUGAGAUUUUUUUUUUCCUGGGUUUUGCAAAACUCUUCUUAGACCAUUUAUGUGAAUAUGUAAACUUAAAGCAGACAGGUCUGGGUCGGGUUAGGUGUUAAUUCUUUCACAGUGAAUGUAGAGAUGCAGUUGAUAAUUGCCAGUUUCCAGCAAAGCCUGAGAACAUGAGUACAGGCAAAUUUUUGAAGAGGUGUGAUGCUCGGUUUCAAGUGAAAAAAUUGGUUUGCUAAAAUUGGCCAUUCAGGCAGAAAACACAUUUGUGUCACUUGCCUGUUUUCUGGCAGUUUUGUGUUUGCAGAUACAAAACUGGCACUCACUCAGUGACGAAUAGGACCUCCACUGCCAAACGCACAUGUUGUUCACGCUUUCCACAAUUCAAAAGUUGACAAAAUGCUCCUGUAAACCUGGAUUUGUUUUCCAAACUGUCAGUUGUUCAUAAUUUCAGCAGAUGUUUUGUAAUGACAACCGAUCUCAACAUGUUUUCUUUCUUCCCCCUUCAUCUACCUUGACCCCCCCCUGUCCUCUUCGCUCUCCCCUCCUCUCACUCCCCGAACCUCUUCUCUCACACACCACCAGACUUCUCAUUCUUCAGCUCUUAGUACUGCUGCAUUGCAGGAGCACACGGAGCGAUGAUAAGUGGGUGAACCGCCUCCCGACGCCAGCCGGAGACAGUCAUUUGUGAGCAAUCCAAGUCUCUUGGUUUGACCCACUGAAGUUGAAGCCAUACAGCUGAUAAAAUACAUGGGAGCCUCACAUAAUGAAAUGUGGCAAAUGUUGAUCUGCUGCUAAUGUCAUUUGCUGCUAACCCAAAUAUUUAAAGUCUUUCUGUGCAACAUGAAUACCUGUUUGUUUUAAAGAUAAUGUUUGAUUGACAGUGUCACCAUCUACUGUGGUUUUCUGUUUAUCCAGAUGCAUUUAUGUUUUUUUUUUUUGUGUGUUUUUAACAGAAUACCCACAGUUGACAUUUAGAUUUGUGUUUCUUUCACUCUAUUCACUCAACUGUAAAUCUAUUUAUUUACAGUUGUGAAUCAUUUGGCUUGUGUUUCCUGGAUUGAUAGACCAGUUACAGAGAGUUUAAUACCUCACUGUUUUGAGAAAAGAAAAAAAAUGUGUCUGGACAUACAGAACCUGCUCUUAUCCUACAUUUAGUAACACUUUUUCUUGGUAUGCAGUCUUCUUUAGGCAAUUUUUCCUUAUUUGAUGUGCUGGUUUGUGCUCCCGUGCUAAGAAAUUUACUUUUUGGUUUCUUCACGUGACAAUCUUGACUGAUGGUUGUUUGUGUAAAAAGGAAGAUUUCUCGACAUGGUUAAAGUUUGUACAUCUCAGGUUUCUGCAUUGAAACAGCCCAGGAUGUUUGCUUUGUCGUUUUAUUUUUCUAUUUUAAUUUCUUUAGUAGGAAAUUCACCCCAGACAACUAACAACACACGUUUUCAUUUGGAUGCUUUGUUUUUUUUCCUCCCUCUCCGAUGCCUGAUGUCAUGUUUUUCAGUAUUUUUUGCUCCCAUGUUACUGUGAAACCUCCAUCAGUCCUUGUAACUCCUACCUUUAUAUCUGACACUGGAACAACUCCCACCUCCCCUCACUUCAGCUGUGUUCAUUUCCUGCCGUUUCUUUUUUAACUUCAUUUGAAUUUGUCUGUUCUCACUUUCUCAGAUUUCCUCCCCCGGCAUGCUCUCCUCCUCCCCCUCCUCCUCCCUCUCCUGUCCUCUCCUGCAAAUCUCUAACAAGUAUUUUUUUCUCUUCUCAUUCUUCUCAUUUUCCUUUUAUGUUGAGUAUGUUUGUGACCGUUUGCCAUGUGCAACUAGUCACUCUCCCUAGUAAGUAUUGUAUUGCGUCGGCAAUGCUUUCAUAGUUUGUGUUGCAGCUCACUAACAACUGAAGCUGAAGGUUUAUCUGCAAUGCCUCCUCCCCUCCCCCCCAUACCUCUACAGAUCUGACAUGAUAAACUGCCAUUUUGUAAAUUAUUGUGUAUAUAUUUUGAAAAAAUCUAAUAAAAUUCAAGUAUAAAGAG